GGGGCCCGGCUCGGACCACACGGGGCGGAGCCCGGGAGCCGACGCACAGCCCCGCCCCCGGGACAUAACUGGCCGCCGCGGACCGAGCGCCCAGCGCCGGAGGCUCGGACCCGAGGCUGCUGCCGCCAGGCGCCCCGCCCCCCGCCCGCCAUGGCCAUGCCUCGCGCCCCCCGCGCCCUGGCGGCCGCCGCGCCCGCGCCCGGGAAGGCCAAGCUGACGCACCCGGGGAAGGCGAUCCUGGCGGGCGGUCUGGCGGGAGGCAUCGAAAUCUGCAUCACGUUCCCCACCGAGUACGUGAAGACGCAGCUGCAGCUGGACGAACGCUCAAACCCGCCGCGGUACCGGGGCAUCGGGGACUGCGUGCGGCAGACGGUCCGUAACCACGGAGUCCUGGGCUUGUACCGCGGCCUCAGCUCCCUGCUGUACGGCUCCAUUCCCAAGGCGGCCGUCAGGUUCGGAAUGUUCGAGUUCCUCAGCAACCACAUGCGGGAUUCCCAGGGACGGCUGGACAGCACGCGCGGGCUUCUGUGCGGUCUCGGGGCCGGUGUGGCCGAGGCGGUGGUGGUCGUGUGCCCCAUGGAGACCAUCAAGGUGAAGUUCAUCCACGACCAGACCUCAGCCAACCCCAAGUACAGAGGGUUCUUCCACGGGGUUAGGGAGAUAGUACGGGAACAAGGGUUGAAGGGAACAUACCAGGGCCUCACAGCCACUGUGCUCAAGCAGGGCUCCAACCAGGCCAUCCGUUUCUUCGUCAUGACCUCCCUGCGCAACUGGUACCGAGGGGACGAUCCCAAUAAGCCCAUGAACCCCCUCAUCACGGGGGUCUUCGGAGCUAUCGCAGGUGCAGCCAGUGUCUUCGGGAACACUCCUCUGGAUGUGAUCAAGACUCGCAUGCAGGGCCUGGAAGCACACAAAUACCGCAACACGCUGGACUGUGGCCUCCAGAUCCUGAGGAACGAGGGGCUCAAAGCAUUCUACAAGGGCACUGUCCCCCGCCUGGGCCGGGUUUGCCUGGACGUGGCCAUCGUGUUCAUCAUCUACGAUGAGGUAGUGAAGCUGCUGAAUAAGGUGUGGAAAACAGAUUGAGCCGGAAGACACAUGGGGCCGGCCGGGCUGCAGCGCAGCCCACACCCUGCCAUGUGAUUUCAGUGCAGUAGUGCCAAAAGGCCCUCCACGUCCCUGAGUCUAUGGGCACAUAGACUGUGCUGUGGCUCCCUUGUGGUCUGAAUGUGAUACCACCAUUGUGUCCAUGUGUCUGGCCAUGGCUGGGCAUCCCUCCGGCUGUGAGUCUAUGCCCACGUGUCCGUGUGCUUUGUUGUGAGACCUAUUGCCCGUGUUUUGUGUUCUGUGUCACGUGACCCUGUGCCCCACAUCCUGGGGUGCCCAUGCGGCCUGGAUCCGCAGCCCUGUAGCCAUGGCCGGUUCCAGCCCGGUGCCUUCCACCCUGUCCCGGCCUACCAUAGCUGCCUCCGGGCCUCGGCCUGGCUUCACCGCAUUCCAGGGGCUGCAUGCCCCCCGCUUCUCCCGCCAUUGGCCUUAACUGGCCCUCGGGCCCUCCCUCCACCCGGGACAGGGUGGCACCCACCACUCUCAGGACCACCCUGCCAAGGCAGAAUAAACCGGAUCCUGUUGCA